GUUCUCUUUGGAAUAUCAAAACCCAUAUAAGUUGCAUUAAGAUAUAAUAUCUCUUAUCAGUAUUCUAAAUAGAGAGUAAAACAAUGAGAGGUUGUUAUCUCCAAUUUCUGCUUCUACUACUUGGCCUCUUAUCAUGCAAUGCAACAAAACUUGGAUUUAAUUCCAAUUUGCUUACGGAUUCUAAACUCAGAUGCAUACAGGAAGAACGACAAACACUUCUCCAAUUCAAGCAACACCUUGUUGAUCCUUCCCAUUGGCUGUCUUCUUGGGACAAUGGUACUGAAGAUUGUUGCAAGUGGAAAGGAAUUAGUUGCAGCAACAAAACAGGUCAUGUUGUUACGCUUGAUCUCCGGGCAAAUUUGCGGUAUGUUAAAACUGCAACUAAAUAUCUAGGAGGUGAGAUAAGCUCUUCAUUACUUGGAUUGCAAUAUUUGACUUACAUGGACUUAAGUUUCAAUAACUUUUCCGGAAAAUCCUUCCCAACUUUUGUUGGCUCACUCACUAGAUUACAAUAUCUCAAUCUUUCAAACACCAAUAUAGCCGGAACCAUUCCAUUACAAUUAGGAAAUCUCUCGAGAUUGAUUUCUCUUGAUCUCAGUUGGAAUUAUGAUUUGACGGAGACACAUAAUCUUGAUUGGUUAAUUCAUCUUUCAUCCUUAAUACACUUGGACAUAAGCAGUGUUAACCUGAGCCAAGUAGUCAAUUGGCCCAAUAAGGUUAUGAUGCUCCCUUCUUUGAUACACUUGAGUCUAAGUUAUUGUAGUCUCUCCACAAUGACUCCUCAAUUGCUUUCCAUCAAUGCUAAUUUCUCAUCACAACUUCUAUUUCUAGAUCUCUUUAACAAUCAUCUCAACUGCUCCAUAUUUCAUUGGUUGCUCAACUUCACUACAAGCGCUGUUGAUCUGGACCUUGGAGCUAACGAGUUACAAUGCUCCAUUCCAUAUGCUUUUGGUAGCAUGAGUUCUCUUCGAAAACUAGAUCUCAACGGAAAUAAGCUUGUUGGUGGCAUUCCAAAAUCUUUUUGGAAUUUAUGCUCCUUAGAUUCAUUGUAUCUUCAGGAUAACAAUCUUCAUGGAAAUCUUUACGAAUUUAUGAGUAAUGCAUCAGGUUGCUUAGUGGACUCUUUGCAGAAUUUUCAAAUAAGCAACAAUAAAUUCACGGGACCAUUGCCGCAGAGUAUUGGAAACCUAUCCAAUCUUCAUAUUUUGGAUGUUUAUGAGAAUUCCCUUGUAGGGGUGAUCACUGAAGCCCAUUUUUCAAAUCUCUCCAAACUGAAAGAGUUAUAUUUAGGUUUCAACCCCUUGAUUUUGAGCUUCAACUACGACUGGGUCCCUCCAUUCCAAUUGGAUUGUAUUUUUUUAAGCCAUUGCAGAUUAGGAUCGGCUUUCCCGAAGUGGCUUCAAAGUCAAAAGAAUUAUCGUAUACUUGAUAUUUCUAAUGCUGGGAUUUCUGACAUUAUCCCUACUUGGUUUUGGGACUUCCCUCCCAGGUUAUACCAUUUAAAUAUGUAUAACAAUCAGUUACAUGGGAACUUGCCAGACUUGUCAUCAUCCAGACUUGAUGAGUUUGCUAUUAUAGAUUUAAGCACCAAUCGUUUCAAUGGUUCAAUACCACAUUUUCCAUCAAAUGUGUUAUCACUAGACCUAUCGAAUAAUAGGUUUUCUGGGCCCAUUUCCUUCCUAUGUGAACUCAAUACUCCAACGUUAUUGGAGUUUUUAAUCCUCUCAAACAAUACACUGUCUGGAGAGCUUCCAGAUUGCUGGACAUAUAUUCCUGACUUGGUUGUUCUUAAUUUGGCCAAUAACAAUUUCUAUGGAAAAAUACCAGACUCAAUGGGCUCCUUAGUCUUGGUUCAACUUUUGCAUUUAAGCAACAAUGGAUUUGUGGGAAAGAUUCCAACAUCCCUUCAAAAAUGUAGCAAGUUAAUAACCAUGGACUUGGGAGCAAAUAACUUGUCCGGAAUGGUACCUCCAUGGAUUGGUGAUAGUUUUCCAAAUUUGGUUAUUCUUAACCUACGAUCGAAUCAGCUUUUUGGAAGUUUGCCUUUGAACCUAUGUCGUCUACAACAUAUUCAGAUCUUGGACCUUUCUUUGAACAAGAUUAAUGGAACUAUUCCAGAAUGUAUCUACAAUUUGACUGCAAUGUCUCAUACAAUGGAUACAAUUUCAAGUGCCAUUUAUGCAAGCAAUUCAAUUGGAUCUUAUACAGACUCUGCAUCCUUGGUAUGGAAAGGAAGAGAGUUUGUGUUCAAAGAUUUCUUGGGACUUGUGAAGAUGAUUGAUUUUUCAAAUAACAAAUUACAUGGAGAGAUUCCAGAAGGUAUUACUAACCUUACAGAAUUAAUUGCCUUGAAUUUAUCCAGAAACAAUUUAUCUGGAUUAAUCCCUCUGAAGAUCGGUUUGUUGAUAAAUUUGGAGUCUCUUGAUUUAUCUAGAAACCAACUUUAUGGUGAAAUCCCAAUGAGCAUUUCCAACUUAAGUUUCCUCAGCCAGUUGGACUUGUCCGCCAACAACUUAUCCGGCAAAAUCCCAACAGGAACUCAAAUACAGAGCCUCGAUGCUUUUGCAUUUAUGGGAAAUCCUAAACUAUGUGGCUCUCCACUUCCAAACAAGUGUCUAGAAGAUCUUCAUCCAAUUUCCACUAACACUCAGGGCCACAAGAAUGAUAAUGUUCAGGCAAAUGAUGAUGAUGGAUUUAUAACUAAAGGAUUUUAUGUUGCUGCAACUCUUGGAUUCAUUGUAGGAUUUUGGUGGGUGUGUUUUAUAUUAGCACUUAAUCAAUGCUAAAUAUACAGUAUAUAAUGAAACUUCUUACUCCCAAUGCUUGAACGAUGGUGGCAGCAGCUCUAUGUAUGCUCACUUUAUAAGGUUAAAUUUUAAGGGAUCCAACAGGAGGAGAUGUUUCAUCAUUUCAAUAAACUAGUUCUACUUUACUACAUCAAGUCUUUGUGUUUUUGUAAUUUCUUUUAUUGGAUCAGUUUUACUUCUUAAUUUUAAUUCAAUGUAUUUGAUCAAAACAAUCUUGUAUUCCCAAAAGAAAAAAAUAUUGUUGUUUGUUAGCAAA